CGCGCAGGUAGCGUGAUGCUGGCGCCGCGCCACCACCAGACGCACGUCGCCGCCGCCGCCGCUGCGGCCGCCGCCGUCUCGAGGACGACGCAGUACAAGAAGGUGACGAAGCCAUUGCUGGAACGUAAGAGAAGGGCUAGGAUCAACAGGUGCCUGGACGAGUUGAAGGAGCUGAUGAUGGGUGCUUUGGAGGCGGAGGGCGAGAACGUGAGCAAGCUGGAGAAGGCGGACAUCCUGGAGCUGACGGUGCGCCACCUGCAGCGGCUGUCGCAGUCGGAGGGCGGUGGCUCCUGCUGGCAGUCCCCUCGCUUCCAGGCGGGGUUCAGCCAGUGCGCGACGGAGGCGUGCCAGUUCCUGGUGUCGCUGCCCGGGCUGGACGCGCGGCUGUCGGCGCGGCUGGUGUCGCACCUGUCACGUUGCGCGCCGCCCACCGCCGCCCCCGCCGCCCCCACCGCCCCCCUGAGCGUGCAGGUGCCGGCGCCGCCACGUUCCGGUGCCUUCUCGCCGCCCGUAUCGCCCUGCACUGCGUCGCCUCCGCCGCCUACCGCGGCUGCAGCCUCCCCCGCGUCGCUGUCCUCCACCCCCAGCGCCAGCGACUUGGCCAAGCCGGUGGCCGGACUGCUGAUGACAGUGCCCGAGGCGACGCACCAGCCGCCGGGAAGCAUGUGGCGGCCCUGGUGAGCGACGCUGCCACUCGUGGACCUUCUCUGCCUCUCACCGGGAAUAUGUCUUUGAGGCUUGUAAACAUGUCGUCAUUAUUCCGAGUCACCUGCAUGUGCAAGCUAUGGUGAAUUCAAACUGUUAAAGACGUCCGCAGCGAAUUCGCCGAGACAUAAAUUCAUGUACAAUGAAGAUCAUCAGAAUUUACUAACUUAUCCUCUUGAAAUCUUGUAUAUACACCUUGUCUUCCCCAGCAGCAGUGAACCUAUAUUCUACUGAACUGUCCACGGAACGAGGGUGGAACUAGUCUCAUCAACUGCCUUAUUACCGAAUGUGACAUUACACAAAGUAUCGGCUGUUCUGACAAUGACGCAAACGUUUUAAAUUUCUUGUUGUGCAACUGACACCUUAUACAGGGUGAUUCAAAAGUCCGUAAACAUUUGGAAAAUGAAUAUUUCACGGAAUAAUUUUGUCAGAUAGAUAAAAUCUACAUCCACAUCUACAUAUAUAUUCCGCUAGCCACCAAGCGGUGUGUGGCGGAGAGUACAAUUCGCGCCAAAGUCAUAUUCCGCACCCCCUGUUCCACUCAUGGAUCGCGCGAGGGAAAAACGACUGUCUGAAUGCCUCAGUACGAGCUCUAAUUUCCCUUAUCUUUGAAUGGUGAUCAUUGCGCGAUUUGGAAGUUGGAGGUAAUAAUAUAUGCUCUACAUCCUCGGCGAAGAUAGAAUUUCGGAAUUUAGUGAGCAGCCACAUCCGUUUAGCGCGUCGUGUAUCUGCAAGUAUGUCCCACUCCAAACUUUCUAUGAGAUAUGUAACACUAUCGCGAUGGCUAAAUGUACCAGUCACGAAUUUUGCCGUUCUUCUUUGGACCUUCUCAAUUUCUUGAAUCAGAUCCAACUGGUAAGGGUCCCAUACAGACGAACAAUACUCUGGACGAACUAACGUACUGUAAGCAAAUUCGUUUGUUGAUAGACUGCAUCGCUUCAGGAUUCUACCAAUAAACCGCAAUCUAGAGUUCGCCUUGCCUGUGACCACUUGCUUGAAAUGACAUGAGGUUUUAUUGAAACCAAAUAAGUACACGAAGUGACCAACAGAUGGCGUUUCAUAAGAUACAAAAGCAAACAUUAACAUAACCAUUUUUAGAAAAGACGAUGUUCCUUAUAACGAGUGGUCAAUGUGUCGGCCACAAUGUUGCCAUAGCGCCGUACAGCAUAGCAAUAAGUACCGGGGGAAACUGCCAUCUGAUGUAGUCUUUCGGCAUCGCUAACGAGGUCGGACGAUUGCGGUAGACGUGUGAGUUCAGGCAACCCGCAGUUACACAGAUUGACGUCUGGCGACUUGGGUGGCCAAACAUGAAGGAACUGGUGCGAAGCACGCCAUCCUCACCAAAUGAUGUGCGCGAGAGAUCUCUCACAAUAUGGGGUGGAGCGCCGUCUCACAUAAAAGUCGUACCUUUCAGCAGGUGUUGAUCUGCCACGCCUACCAGGCUAGGAGUGAUGCGAUUCUGUAACGUAUCGGUGUACCUCGCACCUACCGCGCGUCACUGACAUUUGCUGUCCAGUGCCAUCUGUUGACCGCUUUUGCACUCGUUUUUGGUUUCAAUGAAACCCCCUGUCAUUUCAGGUAUCUGUUUCAAGUUUUAUGCUUCUACCUAACAUUAUUCCGUGAAUUUGUGCGUUUUCAAAUGUUAACAGAGUUAUGGCUCAUAUUGUACUUUAACAAAGUUCAGUAACCUGUAAAGUGAAAACUAUUACGGUACAGAAAAACUCAGUGCUCCUCGUUAAACAUACCGAAAACAAUGCCUGAAGCAUGACAUCACAUAUAUAGGGUGUUCUCUUUGGUACGACCACCAUGUGACUACCAACGCAGUUGAGACACAUCUCACUACCAACUGCGAAUAUCCAUCGUCGGAGGUCGCAUGGGCAUCAUGAAGAUAGAGAUGUAUAACUGUUCCCAUUCCAAACAUGAGUUUCUUAUCAACAUUUUAUUUACUACUUCCCCUUACAACCACUAGGCACAACAUAACACCCUCCACAGACCCUCUAUUUAACCUUUACACCAAGUGAGGUGGCAAAGUGGAUCAGUACUAUUCGUCCAUGGACAAAAAGUAGUGUUCAUUCAUGGCAGCAUGUGCCUAACGAUUAUAAAGUCUUUUAUUAUCAUUUUCAUGGCAAUGAAUAUUACUUAGAUAGAUGCAGUAGAAAUACAGAAGUCUCUACAAGAAUAUAUACGUACUUUUGUGGAGUACACAUUAUUAUUUUUCUAGAGAUCAUCGAUGGUGGUAAUGACACUGACCAUACUAAAUACCACAAGAAAGAUUUAAUUUUCAUUGAUGUGACAGAAUUCCUUUCAAACCUCCUGUGACUCUGAAUAUCAUGGAAUAAUGUAGAGUGAGUUCAUAAAUCAUUAGGUUUUGGUAAUAUCUUACUCCAAGAUUUUUGUUACAGUUUACUCGAUGCAUCAGCUUCUGUAUUAGUAGUAUAGGACGUGAGAUAACUGCUCUAACUUCUGCAGAAAGGAAAAAUACAGGCAUGCACACUUGUAUAUCUCUCUGAAACAAAACUUUCAAUUUAUGUAAUUUAGAUGUUAUUACGAAAUCAACAAACUAUAGCGAUAUUUUGUGAUCCCUACUAUUAGAUUGUGUCCCUAAUUAAUGUUUGUUACUAUGUGGCAAAUAAGAUUCAAAAAAUGCAGGAAUAUUCAAAUGACAAGUUGUAUAGUUAAGGUGUUAAAGUUAUCUUAUUUUAAAUGUUUUCUACAGUUGUAUAUAUCUAUAUAAUAACAAAGCAUUGUGUAAGAAAUAACAUUAACUGGUAAAGAUAUAUUUUUAUAAAAUUUAAUUGUAAAUCUGAUAUCUAUGUUUUAGCUUAAAGUUUAUUAAAUACUCAGCAUUUUACAUGAUCUCAUAUAAACUAUUGAAAAACCUGAGGAUUUUUCUGAAUUUUAAUAGUGACAGCUGUUACAACUGUUACAUUUUAUUUAUUUGCAUUUGUUGUAAAUCUCUAUCUCUCAAAACAAUUAUUACAUAGUUUGUGUUAACUGGUUGUUGUUAGAGAAAG